AUGUUUAGAGGCUCCUCAGAGACUAAGCUGGUUGAGAUUUCUAAAAGUGACACUGAUGGUUGGGAGAAGUCCACAGCCUUCAUUGGUAAUCAGCCAGGGGGAUAUAAGUUACAGUUUUCAUUCAGCCCUCCAUUUUCGGCUGUCAAAGAAGUGAUGCUGGACGAUAUACUGUUUGAGAGCUGCUCAGAGGGAGACAUCCCAGCAGGAUCAGACAGACUCACAUGUGAUUUUGAAAAUGACACAUGUUCAUGGUACCAUGAUUUUACUGCCAGUCUGUUGUGGAAAAGGAGUGAUGGGGGAUUUACUGAUGGACCCUCUGGAAAUGGCUACUACAUGUUAAUAAAUGCUGAAUCCAUCUAUAUCCAUAAAUCCAUGAAUUCCCCACCAGCAGCCAGGCUCAUCAGCUUCCCUCUGCCUGCAGACCGAGUGACAUGUGUGAGCUUUUGGUAUCACAUGUUUGGCAACAGUGUGGGUUCACUAAAGUUCAUUUCAAAGCGUUCUGAUGAGGCAGAGACAGUUGUAUGGAUGAGAAGUGGCACCCAAGGAAACAAAUGGAGAUUUGCAGAUCUUACAUUCAACAGUGAAAAACCAAUACAGUUCAUUAUAGAAGCUGUGGUGGAUGGGGAUCAAGGCAGCAUAGCAAUUGAUAACAUUAUAGUGACCAGCAGUGAGAAUGGAUCAUGCCCUGCAGAGAGAGAGUGCACCUUUCAGGGCUCUCUCUGUGGUAUGCAGCCUCAGCCGUCUGCAGAUUUCACUUGGACUCGCGUGACUGGAGCAACAAAACCCUCAAACUCAUCAAGUCCUGCAGCAGAUCACACCCUGGGGACAGAGCAAGGUUAUUAUCUGAGCGCCCAGCUGUGGGCUCACCCUGAGGGGUCCAAAGGUGCAGUGAUGACGACUCUAUCAGAUCCCACCCCUCCUGAAGGAGAGUGCUUAAUGUUCUGGUACUACAUGGAGGGAAGUGGAGUGGGGGAACUUAAUGUUUACCUCCAAACACAUGACAACAGCAUUGCCCCAGUACAGCUCUGGAUCAGAAGAGGAGAUCAGGGGAUGCACUGGAGGCAUGGGAGAGUGACGCUCCUCAGCCCCCGUGACAAGUAUCAGGUUGUGUUUGAAGCAGUGGUUGGUGAUGAACCUUGGAGAGAUAUCGCUCUUGAUGACCUCACUGUCCUAAACGGUGCAUGCCCCCCACCUGGUUUUUGUGACUUUGAAAUGGACUUGUGUGGUUGGGUGAACAGUCCUACAGCAGAGUCUGGAGUGGACUGGGACUGGCUGUCAGGUGACAGUGAAAUACCACAUGCAUUCAUUCCAAGGAGAGACCACACUACCAAUUCUGCCCAGGGCCAUUUUGCUUAUUUCAGUCCCUUUGAGUCUGAAAAAGCAGAAAUUGCCCUACUGGAGAGUGAGACCAUGCAGGCAGUGGACCAAGCUUGUCUGGAGAUGUGGCACCAAGCCCAGGGGUGGAGCAGUGAUAGGCCCUCAUACAUUACACUGACAUUGUUUGUGAACGAGAGCACUGAAAUGCGUGCUGUAUGGAGCACAAAUGGAUUCACAAAUGAGUCAUGGAUCCAAGCCAGAGUGGAUUACAAUUCAUCAGGGCCUCACCAGAUUAUUUUACAAGCUAGCAGUCAAGAGUCGAAAGAUGGAAGCUUCUCUCUGGAUGAUGUCCACAUCAUCAGGGACAUGUCCUGCAAGGACAUAAUACCUACAACUACUGUGAACCCCCCCACCACCACCACUGCUCCCACCUCCAUCAUGGACUGCACUUUUGAACAAGGUCUGUGUAGUUGGGACCAGGAGGUUGGUGAUGGUGUGAACUGGACUCUGAGCAGUGGACUACAAAUGGACCAGCCGUGGGAUGGACCUCAGUAUGAUCACACAAUUGGAAAUAAUCAAGGUCUCUUCUUACUACUGAACGGAUCUGGAUCAAAGGAUGGAGAGAAAGCAGCCAUCUCUUUUCCUGUGACUCAUGUAACCUCAUCUCAUAUCUGUGUUGGAUUCUGGUAUUACAUGCUCGGGCCUUCAGUAUCCAGCCUGGACCUGCUGGUUCAGACAGAAUCUUCUGAAGUUUUUGCCUGGACUCGCAAAGGAAGCCAGGAUCCAGAGUGGACUAACACACAAGUCACUAUCAGCAUGAACUACACAACACGGAUCAUUUUCACUGGCCAUAGAGACACUAACAGUAAAGGAUUCAUUGCUAUGGACGACAUAACAGUAAGGGAGGGGAUGUGCAAUAAUAAAGAUUUAUGUGGUUUUGACUCUAACCUGUGUGGCUUUGAGAAUGAUGUGGGGCAUAAAGGUCGAUGGGGUCGCCAAAAAGGUGCAAAACAUCAGGUGGAUCACACCUAUGGAACUGAAAAUGGUUUCUACAUGACUGUGAUGUCUUCAGACUCAUCGCAGGAUGAAGUAGCUCAGCUGCUCACACCUGAGGUGAACUCAGCUAAAGAGAUGUGUGUUCGCUUCUGGUACUGGUUACCUGCAGGGCCUUCUCAUAGCCUUUCAGUUCACAUGAUGCUGAACGGCGAGACAGGUGAUGCACUUUGGCAGCGAUCUGGAGCGCCCACUUCAGACUGGGAGGUGGCAGAGGUCACUGUGUCCUCUCCUACCAAAUUCUAUGUGGUGUUUAGCACGGUCCAUGUGUCAGGCUCUAACUCUGCAGUGAAAUUAGAUGAUGUUUCUGUGAGCGAUGGGGCCUGCAGUCCUCCAGUCAGCUGUGACUUUGAAUCAGGACUGUGCACCUGGAUCAACAUCCACGAAAAAGAUGGUCAUGACUGGGUGCUGGCCAAUGGCGGCUUCCAGGGGCCACCAACCGACCACACCACACAAACACCAGAGGGUCAUUUCUUGUUGAGCUCUUCACAGCACCAAAAUCACAGAAGCAGGGCUCGGAUUUUGUCUGAAUGGAUUCAUCUGAAAGACCCCACCUCCUGUUUAACCCUGCAGUACCAAAUGAACAACAGUGACUCAGGAACACUCAAGGUGUACCUGCAUUCAAUGAUGUUCAGCAUUAACAGCAGCGGAAGCAGCUGGACAAGAUUCUCCCAGACUAUAGACAGCAGCACACCUUUCCAGCUGCUGAUUGAAGCAGAGACUAACAACAAAGGAUUUAUCGCCGUUGAUGACAUAGAUGUCAUACCAGGCCCUUGUCAAGUUAAUGAAACAACUUCAGGAUUUGAUGGUUGUUCAUUUGAAAGUGGCACAUGUGGCUGGGAAGAUAUCAGCCAUGGCCAGCUUCAGUGGACAAGAGGGAAUGCUUCUGGGAACACUGGACCUUCUGUGGACCAUACAUUGGGAAGUGAACUGGGUUGGUACAUGGCCGUAGAGUCUGACCAAGGAACUCAAAUGAGCCCUGCUGCCAUGCAGAGUCCCACCAUGAAACAGGCCAGCAGCACCUGCACACUCCACUUCUACUACAGCAUGUUUGGAGAGGACGUGGAAGAGCUAAAUGUGCUGCUAAAGGAGGGCUCCAGGACCACAGCAUUGUGGUGGCUAUCUGGUAACCAUGGAGAUUCAUGGCAUCAUGGUGAGGUCACAGUUGGUCGCACCCCACAGGAUUUCACUAUCCUGUUUGAAGCCUCCAGAGCCUUUACUCAGCCUGGACACAUUGCUGUAGAUGACAUAGAUUUCAUCAACUGCACCUUGCCUGAGCCACAGCCCAAGUGUCCAGCAGAUAUGUUCAUGUGCAACAACAAUGUGUGUAUUAAGCAGAACCAAGUGUGUGACUUCUGUGACGACUGUGGAGACUCAUCUGAUGAGAGAAACUGUGAGCAACAAGGUUUCGAGGAGCGCUGCAGUUUUGAACAAGGUCUAUGUUCCUGGGCGGGCAGUGAUGUGGACUCACUUGGAGCAGAGUGGACCCCUCACACGGGACAGGAAGCCUGGGUAAAAUACGGGCCCCCUAGAGAUCACACUGAAAACACUGCUGCAGGUCACUACAUUGUCCCUGGGAUUCACCUUAUAGAGAAGGGCCAGACAUCAGAGGUUGUCUCUAAAACUUUACUGCCCAGCUCCAACUGCACUGUGAGAUUCUUCUUCUUCUCCCUGGAUGAUACCACAGCCAGACUGACGGCCCGGUCCAGGACGCAGCACUCUGGUAGUGAGGACACUGUGCUGUGGCUCAGGAAGGACUCGCAGUCAUACAGCUGGCAGAGAGCAGAGGUUACGUUCUCAUCCUCUGUGAAUAGCAAGGUUGUUUUCAGAUAUGAGAGGGUUGACGAUCAAAGAGGACUGGUCGCACUGGACGACAUCUCCUUCUCCAGGGAAUGCUUAUUUGACCCUGAAAACAAUGAACUGCCUGAGACAUCACCCACCCCUGCACCAGCUACGUCUCCUCACACACCCACUUCUCCAGCUUCCACCUCGACUGCACCCACCAACCCCUGCCAGGAUGAGGAGUUUUUCUGUUGGCGUUCAGAAGUUUGUAUUCUGGCUUCUUUAAAGUGUGAUUAUCAUUUAGACUGCCCCUUUGGAGAGGAUGAGGUUCAGUGUGGUCCAUGCACAUUUGAACAUGACCAGUGCCUGUGGGCUGACACCAGCCCUGGACAGAGCAGGUGGCAGAGACAGAAAUCAAGCAACAGCACUGAGCCGCCAUCUGAUCACACUACAGGCACAGGAUACUAUAUGAGCGUAAAUGUUAGUCAGGACUCCACACAGAGUGAGGCCCGACUCCAGAGUCCCCUACUCCCCCCUUCAUCCCCCUUCUGCCAGAUAAAGUUUCACUUCCACAUCAGAGCAGAGAGCGCUGGGUCACUCAGAGUGCUUAUGCAGCAAGCUGAGGGGAGUGAAGCAAUCCUGUGGUCACGCAGUCACAACACGGGCUCCCACUGGACCCCAGAGCAGCUGCCGAUCGGCCUGCACCAGCAGCCUUACAAGGUUUGGUUCAGUACCUUGACUAAAGCAGCCCAUGUUGACCCUUCAGAUUACAGUGUUGCCAUUGAUGAUAUCUCUUUUGUAAACUGUGAAAAGUCCUACCAGCCGCCAGCUCUGUCUGCCUGUGGUUGUUCGUUUGAAGACGGGCUGUGUGGUUGGGUUCACGGGGCUGAGGAUAACUCUGAUUGGCACAGUGGGUCUGGUCCCACCGAAACCCCAAAUACUGGGCCAUCAGGAGACCACACCACCGGCAAAGGGAAAUACCUUUACAUUGAGAGUUCCCCUCCAAGUGUGAAAGGGAGUACGGCCCAACUGAAGUCCUCACUGCUGCCCCCUGCUGAUGACGAAGGAUACUGUUUUACUUUUUGGUACCACAUGUUUGGAUCAACUGUUGGCUCUCUGAAGGUGCUUCUGCAAACAGCUGGUGACAAGGAGAAAACACUGGUGUGGCAAAAAUCAGGAAACCAAGGAGAUGAGUGGCAACCGGUUCAGAUCCACCUGGUCCUGCAGGAAGUCCACCAAGUCACUGUUGAGGCCUCAGUGGGAGGAGAGGCUGGAGACAUAGCCAUCGAUGACAUUUCCUUCACCAGUGGACCAUGCCCUGCUUCUGAAAUGUGUGACUUUGAGGAGGGUAGCUGUAACUGGCAGCAGCAGACCACAGAUGACUUUGACUGGGUCUGGUUUUCUGGCUCCACCUUUAACCCUAACACCGGACCAGACAGCGACCACACCAGAAACACACCUGUAGGACAUUACUACCUCCUGCCCUCCUCUACUGCUGACGAGGCUGGUCAGACAGCCAGACUGUCCUCACCAUUGUACCCUGCAGGUAAAGGAGCUUGCCUACAGCUCUGGUACCACAUGUAUGGUGCUGGCAUUGGGGUGCUGAAUGUUUACCAGCAGAGUGAAGAAGGGAAGCAAGAGCUGAUUUUCUCUCGUACAGGUGACCAGGGUCAGCUGUGGAGGUUUGCUCAGGCUUCACUUCUGCCCCGGGAUCAGCCUUUCAGGAUUGUGGUGGAAGGUGUGAAAUCUGGGCCCACACAGGAGGGAGACAUGGCGUUUGAUGAUGUCCAGCUGACAGACGCUCAGUGUCCUACUCAUGGACAUUGUGACUUUGAGAUCAACAUGUGCAGCUGGACCAACCUGGGUGGAGAAGAAGACCAAGGAGACUGGCUCCGAGGCAGAGGAGCCUCCCCAAACCCCAGCACAGGACCCAGUGUUGAUCACACCACAAAUUCUACACAUGGUUUCUAUCUUUAUGUGGACAGCUCAGUGGGUGAGUGGGGAGACAUGUCCUUCCUGGUUAGUGACGUGUUCCAUCCGACCACUAGAGGUCACUGUCUGUCAUUCUGGUAUCACAUGUACGGUGAUCAUGUUGGGACUCUCAGAGUUUAUAUAAAUGACAGAAAAAUUCAUGCUGGUGGUAAUGAAGAAGGGACUCUGAAGUGGAUUGAGGCAGGAGACAAAGGAGACAAGUGGCUGGAGGCCAAAGUGCCUGUUAAACAUACAGAAGCAUUCUGGCUUGUAUUUGUGUAUCAGAGAGGGAUGAAUACAGGAGGGGAUGUUGCUCUUGAUGACAUUAUCAUCCUCCCAGGCGGGUGCUACUCAGAACCUGACACUGACUCUUCAGACAUGUUGCCAGUGGGUCUUGUAGUAGGUCUCACUCUGCUGGCCGGAGUCAUUAUCGCCAUUUUCCUCUUCAUGCUGAACAGAAAGUGGAGAACAAUGAAUGAGCCAGCAAUUAUGAACGUCGAUGCAAUCGACCAAACCUCGGGGCUGGACCUCUUUGAAAGUAAAACAGACGCCACACAACAUGGCGCUGACUUCUCCUUCUUCAACAAUUUGUACGAUCCAUCAUCGAGUGUAACUGGUACCUCAAUGAACUCAGCUGAUGCUUAGUCCGUAUUCAUUCCUACAACUAAUGCUAGAAACCACACGUUAAUGAUAUUCUUGUUCUCUGAGAUCUUUCAUUCAAACAAAGAAAUAUAAUGACAGUUCAGUAAUGAAGGAUCAGUGGCUUUGAUUUUCAUUAAUGAAAACCGUAACAUUAAUCAUACAGUAUAUGAAGUCAGGUUGACCCCAAAUAGUCAAAUAUUGGGUGAUUCCUUUGAAAGAGCCUCAUUCUACUGUCAGUGUCAAUGUUGAAUAUCGGUUUAUUAAACAGAUCAUUCCAUUCCAGCUUUAUGGGGGUGUCAAAUAUCCAUUUUUUACAUAGGUUUGCCUUUGUUAUGCCUAUAACAUCACCUACUUUAGAGUAAAUAUCAGCUUAUUUAUAAUUCUUAAUGCAAUUAAAAUUCUAACACCAUAAAAUGGGAAGUAGCCCUUAGGCUCGUGAAAAGGAUAAUCAGCUAUGGGCCUUCUAUAUUGUAAAUGAACAUGUAAAAAUAUAGUCAUAAGGUCACCAUGAUGCAAACUUAAUGAGUGAGAAAGAGGAAGGAUCAAGUGCUAUCUUAGAAUAAAUUGAUAUUCUAAGUCUAGAAGACAAGUAGUUUCAUUACAUGGUUUAUCUCUUGUGUUGCAGUUGAGAAUGUGAGUGAAAAGGAAUGGCAUUUCACCUUUUGUCAACUACAGAAAAAUCCUGACCAUUCAGAUUCAACUAUGUAAAUCAUUAGUUGGGGACACCAUUAAAAUACGAACAUUAUUUAUUGUCUGCUAAUGAUUCUUCACAGAGGAAAAGAACUGCCUGUUUUUGACUCUUUGAACAUGGUACUUUUAGAGUGUAAAGUGUAUGUAAAUUCAUUUUAACAGAGGUCCUGUGUUAACCUAUAUUAUGUUGUCCCUGAUGUAGAAGCAGCAAAAUCAACUUUCCUGUUUAAUUGGUUUUGGUUGUUGAUGAGCAAUGAAUAAUCCAAAGCAAAGUAAUUCCAUCAUAAUCUUAAUUUAUGGUAGCAUAGUACUUUAAAUGAACUACCUUUAUAGGAAUUGCCUUUUCUGACCUGACAGUUUGACGACUGAAGUAAAUGUUCUUUUUUUUAAUAGUUUGUGAAAACAUUAUGUGCAUUAAUAAACUGUAAUUGCACUU